UGCCAUUGCCUUUUCAAAAAAAUCAUUACAAAUUCUCACACGCAGAGCAACUCCUCUUUUGCAAAAAUAGCCUCUCUUCUUUAAAACCACUCAAUUUCAUUCUUCACUACUUCACUUUUGUAUCAAAUCAAUUACAUUUUUUCCCACAAACCAUGCGCAUUUCUUGACUCAUCUACAUUGUUCCCACUUUUUUCAGCACCAAAUCAAUGAACCCACUUCCAAAUUUCCCUCUUUUAUCCACUCAUUCCCUCAACAUUUCCAUUACAAAAAUAGCCACUUCAACUUUCGUGAUUUUUACCCUUCUUUUACAGAUCUGUUAAAAACCCCAUUUCACUUUUCAAAAAUGGUGGCUGAACCUUGGUGUUUAAGAAUGGGAAAUCAGGUAAGUACUAAUGUAAAAAAACAUUCUUUACUUAUAGAAAAUUCAAAGAAAUUAGUAUCUGUUAAGAAACAAAGCCAAAGCCAAAGCCAAAGCCAAGUAGAGAAGCAAAUUAUAGGGAUAUUAUCAUUUGAAGUAGCUAAUAUGAUGUCUAAAAUUAUUCAUCUUCAUAAAUCUUUAACUGAUUCUGAGAUUUUAAAGCUUAAAAAUGAGAUCUUUAAGUCUUUAGGAGUAAGGGCUUUAGUUUCUGAAGAUGAAGAUGUUUUAUUAGAAUUAGUACUUGUUGAAAAACUUGAUGACUUAAAUAGGGUUGCUAGUGUAGUGUCUAGACUUGGUAAAAAAUGUACAAUUAGUGCUUUACAAGGUUUUGAACAUGUAUAUGGGGAUAUUAUUUGUGGGGUAAUUGAUGUGAAAGAUUUGGGAUUUUUAGUUAAGGAUAUGGAGGGAAUGGUAAAGAAAAUGGAGAGGUAUGUGAAUUCAACAGCUAGUUUGUAUUGUGAAAUGGCUGUAUUGAAUGAAUUGGAAAUGGCAACAAAGAAAUUUCAGCAGAAUCAACAUGAGGAGAGUCGAAAAGCGUAUGAACAGAAGUUGGCUUGGCAGAAACAAGAUGUGAAGCAUUUAGAAGAUGUUUCACUUUGGAACCAGACUUAUGAUAAAGUUGUUGAACUAUUGGCAAGGACUGUGUGUACUGUGUAUGCUCGGAUUAGUAGCGUGUUUGGGAAUGCCCUUGUAAAGAGGGACCUUCUAAAUCCAGCUGCAGGCUCGAAAAUUGGUUGCAGUGGCGGUUUGCAGCAGCUGAAGCGAGACUCCAGUGAGAGGUCUGAAGUCGUGAAUUCUGAUUUCAAGAAGUCUGUUUUGAGGAAUAGCAACGGUAGGUGUCACUCGGGGCAAAUUGAGAGAGGAGCGUUAGGAAAGAGGAGCACGGGCCACAAUGCUUUAACAAAGGUUGGAAGAAACGAAGGGAGCUUAUUUGGGUCCGAGAAUUUUAAUUUCGCUUGUGGAAUGGGACCUGGGAGGCUAUUCAUGGAAUGUCUAAGUUUGAGUUCUGCUUCAAAAACGGAUGUUGAGAACGAUCUUGAGACUGAUGAUAGAAGUAGUCAGAUAUCUGGAUGUUGUAGUGUUUCAAGUGGUACGAAAAGGGAGCAAUCUAAUAUUUCAGGUUCUUUCAAUAGGUCUCCUAGCAGUAUCCGUUUAAACGAAAAUGCUAGACAGUUAAAGAGUUGUGUGUCCGAUGCUGCAAAACAUGGUCCCAAAAGUAGGGUAACGUUGUUGUAUGCUCCUCCUACAACAGUUGGAGGCCGUGCUUUAGCUUUACAUUAUGCAAAUGUGAUUAUUGUCAUAGAAAAGCUGCUCCAGUAUCCACAUCUGGUAGGCGACGAAGGGAGGGAUGAUCUAUAUCAGAUGUUACCGACAAGCUUAAGAAAGACUUUGAAGUCUAGUCUGAGAUCAUAUAUGAAAGGUUUAGCCAUAUAUGACGCGCCUCUUGCCCACGAUUGGAAAGAUAGGCUUGAAGAGUUACUCAAAUGGCUCGCGCCUUUAGCACAUAAUAUGAUCAGGUGGCAAAGCGAGCGAAAUUUUGAGCAGCAACAGAUUGUUAAGAGAACUAAUGUUCUCCUUCUUCAGACAUUAUAUUUUGCUGAUUGUCAGAAGAUGGAGGCAGUAAUUUGCGAGCUGCUUGUUGGAUUAAACUACAUUUGCCGGUUUGAGCAACAACAAAACGCUUUACUGGACUGCGCGAGCAGCAUUGAUUUUGAAGAUUGUAUGGAGUGGCAAAUGCAAUUUGGAACUUCUUUUCAUUCUUGAUCAUUUGAAUUGGUUCACUUAGUGUGGUAAUUUUUUUUAAUUUGAUGCAUUUGUAUGAUAGAUUAGAAUAUAUUUCGACGCGAUAUCAACAUCAGAGAUCCAGACAUUAAAGAUGUCUGGUUCUCUGGUGUUGAUUUAAAUAUUUCAUUGCAAGUUGUUGAACAGCAAGGACUUCAAAAAAGUACAUAUUAUGCACCUCCAUUUAAUUGCAGUUAAUUUUUGUAUGUUCUUCAUCUUCAGAAUAGACUUCUUUAUUUGUUAUCCA